UAGGGUGGCAGGAGAACGUGCAGGGGUGGGAUCACGUGCCUACGACGUGCAUAUGAAUACAGGACUGUUGGAAAAAGUUACAAGCCUGUGGCCUGUUGGAAAGAGGUACGAGACUGUGCGUAUAGAUACAGGACUGUUGGAGAGAGGUACGAGUCUGUGCGUAUAGAUACAGGACUGUUGGAAGGAGGUACGAGACUGUGCAUAUAAAUACAGGACUGUUCUAGAGAGGUAUGAGUCUGUGCGUAUAGAUACAGGACUGUUCUAGAGAGGUACGAGACUGUGCAUAUAAAUACAGGACUGUUCUAGAGAGGUACGAGUCUGUGCGUAUAGAUACAGGACUGUUGGAGAGAGGUACGAGUCUGUGCGUAUAGAUACAGGACUGUUGGAGAGAGGUUCGAGCCUGUGGCCUGAUGGAGAGAGGUGAAAGGCUUUGCAGCGUGGAGGACUGCACCCCUGGCGCGGGCACGUAUCUGCGGCACGGCUCCGUUUACGCCUCGCUGGCCGGCUACGUGCUGAGGAGGAACGAAGGCGAGGAGCUGCCGGUGAUCUCGGUAGUUAAAGAGACAGAAGCACAGCUUUUGCCUGACGUCGGAGCCAUCGUCACCUGUAAGGUGACGAGCAUCAACCCACGGUUUGCGAAAGUGCACAUCCUCUACGUGGGAUCUACACCUCUGAAGGACCGGUUCAGAGGCACCAUCAGGAAAGAAGAUGUGAGAGCAACAGAGAAAGACAAAGUGGAGACGUAUAAGAGUUUCAGGCCCGGUGACAUCGUCCUCGCCAAAGUGAUCUCGUUGGGCGACGUGCAGUCGAACUACCUGCUGACCACGGCGGAGAACGAACUGGGCGUGGUCGUGGCCCACAGUGAGGCAGGAGUACAGAUGGUUCCCAUCAGCUGGUGUGAGAUGCAGUGUCCUCGAACUCACAAUAAAGAGUUUCGCAAGGUGGCGAGAGUGCAGCCGGAGUACCUGCAGGCGUGAACGACCCCGAGCGCCAACCUUUACCCUCGGAACACACAGCUUCACACACACACACACACAUGUAAAUGUCACACAACUGGAAUUCCUGGAGUUGGUAAACCCAGUUUAAUGCAAAUGGUAUUAAAUGUCAUUAGAAAGGAGUGCUUUGACCAGUUAGCGUGAGUGUGAGCCUCAUCCCAUCUAACAGGAAUCUCAGACUCUUUCUUUUCCGAGGAACAAACUGGAGAAGCGAAACAUGACCAGCUAGCGCGGGGGUGGGCAGUCUUAUCGGGAAAGGGCCGGCGUGGGUGCAGGUUUUCAUUCCAAACAAGCAGGAGACACACCUGAUUCCACCUGAUUAAUCAGUUGAUCUUGGCUUUCAGUAGACUCAGGUGUGGCUUCUGCUCGGUUGGAAUGAAAACCCGCAUCCACACCGGAACUUUCCGGAUAAGACUGCCCAUCCCUGAGCUAGCUCCACCCCCACGCCCAGAUGGGCGUUUCUGAAGUAAUGCUGAUUGUUUGUCUUUUAGCGUGCACUGUUUUCACGCCUCUGUAAUGCACAUGGACCGCUAACGAAAUGCUCAGAGAUGAUUUCAUUUGUUUUGUGUUUUUAUUUUUUCUUUCUUCUUUUCAGCCAUGGCUUUAUUCUGAAGUCUUGCCUUUUUUUUUUUGGUUCUAAAUGGUUUCAUUUCUGUACACGGAGAGGUCAUGUAUUUACAGCAGUCUGAAUGAAUAAAGUGAAUCAAAAUAUGA